GUUGGCAACGCAUACGCGGGGGGGCAAGAGAUGAAGGCGAUGGUGCUGAAUGUGGUUGACGCUGUCGUAAGGAGGGGGUCGUUGACCGAGAGCAAGGGGCGGUGGUGGACAUGGCGACGAAGAUUGGAGCAUCGACGCCGUUUUGCAUUGGUAAAUGCUACCGGAGGGGCUAAGCAUGCCAACAAAUCCGCAGGCCCGACGAAAUGGCUCCAAGAUCACAGCUCCGACGCCGUCACCGACGAGCCGUUCUACACCGCGUGUGCCCACGGCGUGGACCUGCCUGUGUCAAUACAUCAAGGGGUGAGGCAACGGGACUUGGAGGGUGGGGCACAUGGGGUGAUCAACUACUUCGUAAGCGAGUUGGACUCGAGGUGGCGUAUGGAAGCGGAUCUGCUCCUGGUGUGCUACGACCGUGCGCAACUUGUCCCGGCAAUCAAAGGGCGCGAGCAAUCGGGAAGGACGGACAAGAUUGGGGGGUGCACUCUCUCUUUCGAACCGACAUCGACGGACCCAAUCCCCCCGUCGCAGUACCAAUCAUGGCUUCGUGACAACCAGAAGGCAGCUCGAGAUUGUAUCGCCGCGCACCUCGCCAUGGACAUACUAGACGACAAGAGGUGGACCGGAGACUGCACGCCCAAGGGAAAUGUGACGUUUUACGGUGUCGGGGGCGAGGCUGGGUUGAAAACACCUCAUGCCGCUGACCCCGCGGUCAGCUCCGGGGGGGGCGUACCGGGAGGACCGUCCACAUCACCGGAGGUACCGGUGCCGGUCGACGGCGUCGAAAGUAGCACCAUGCGCUCUGGUGGGGACGGGACCGAGGAGGGCGUAGUUCCAACGCUUGCGGAAGAGGACCCUCUUCUCCACUACCGAAGGGGCGCGGGCCGUUCGAUACAACGAGAACGUGGCCCCAACAUCGGUGAGGCCGAGCUGUCUCUCGUCCACUUCAUCGUGUGGGCCAAGAAGUAUUGGGGGCUGAAUUUCGGAAACUGGCUGGGCAGUGGAGAGGGAGCGGUCGAAGUGACCGUGCAGAAGGUAGUGGGUGGUGCCCCGAAGUAUAUUUGGGUAAUCAGGGUGUUCGCCGCCAUCAGUGGUCUCAGGGACGGCAACGAAACUGCGUGGCCCACGACGGACUCCGGUUUCCAGGGUUGGAUUCCCGACGACGACGAGAAGGUACGCCUUUUUAUCCUUGUCUACCUGCUUGCUGGUUGCGACUUCUUGCCUGCCAUAUCGGGUCUGCCUUUCGGGACCAUGUGGGCUCUUGCUCUGAAGAGCGUGCGGACGGAGGGUGUGUUUCGCACGUCUAUCUUCGUGCGUGAGGGUGGUGUAUGGUGCGUCAAGAUCGACAUCGAGUUGUUGGCGACCAUGUUCUACUUUUAA